UUGUUUUGUCUCUGAGAAAAUAGGCUCUGGUCUGAAUGUUUGAAUUGCUUCAUUAUAAAUGAAAAUAAGCUUAAGAAUUUCCUGAGCACUCUGUUCUCAGGAGCAGGGUUUCUAAGAAGAGGAGCCUUGUCUGUUCUGUCAAAUUAAGAUGAUUGUAAAAAGCUGUGGAUUUUUUACUGAUGAGAUUUAAUCCUCAAAUGUAUUUUUGCGGUAUAUAUGUAAAGUUUACCAAAAGCUUCAAGUUAAAGCAAAACCUUUAAUUCUUAAGAUUUUCUGUUUAGAAAAUACCUCGUGGUUAAGUGAGAAACUGAAUUUUCAGUGUGUAGUAUUUUCCAGAAAAUGCUCCUGGUUUAGUGGCAGAGACUCUGAACAGCCUGAGAAGGAAGGCAUGUGUUUGUGUCACUGUGCAAUUAAAGCUACAGUGGAAAGUGCUUAUAUAUAAAAAGUACGAUGUCUGCUUCUGUAGGUAGGCUGUAAUACACCAAAUAAAUCCAUAAAUUAGCAGGAAGGCUGCUUUGAAACCACAACAGUGGUUGCAGCCAUGCAGCAGAGGUGCUGUGCUAACUGCAGGGGCUUGGCUGCUUCUGAGACCUGCUGGGACAGCCUGGUACCUAAGAACUGACAUUCCCAGACUGGGGUUUUCAUUCACCUGUUGAAACACUGAGAAUGUGCUCUGGAUUGGAUGCUUCUCUAUGGCAUGGUGGUUUGCAGCACCUACUGAAUUUGUUCUGCUGAGUUUAUCGGGUUUAUUAGGUUAAGGUAAGUUUUCCUUUUAACAAGGUGGACAUGAAGCACUUUAUUUCUUUGUGUCACUCUUAAAACUUGAACCAUAACAUUUUUUUCUCUGUUGUCUUAGCUGUAAAGGACCCUACAGCUGUAGAAAGAGCAAAUUUAUUAAACAUGGCUAAACUGAGUAUCAAAGGACUCAUUGAAUCAGCCUUGAGCUUUGGGCGCACUCUGGAUUCUGACUACCCACCUUUGCAGCAGUUCUUUGUUGUCAUGGAGCACUGCCUGAAGCAUGGUCUGAAAGUAAGAAAAUCCUUUCUGAGUUACAAUAAAACCAUCUGGGGUCCUCUGGAACUUGUGGAGAAAUUAUAUCCAGAAGCUGAGGAAAUAGCAGCAAGUGUCAGAGAUUUGCCUGGCCUUAAGACGCCGCUGGGCCGUGCCCGGGCCUGGCUGCGGUUGGCGCUGAUGCAGAAGAAAAUGGCCGAUUAUCUUCGCUGUUUAAUCAUUCAGAGGGACCUCCUCAGUGAGUUUUAUGAGUAUCAUGCACUCAUGAUGGAGGAGGAAGGAGCAGUGAUUGUUGGGCUGUUAGUUGGGCUGAAUGUGAUCGAUGCCAACCUGUGUGUGAAGGGAGAAGACCUGGAUUCACAAGUUGGGGUGAUUGAUUUCUCUGUGUAUUUGAAGAGUGAUGAUGACAUUGGGGGUAAAGAAAGAGAUAUACAGAUUGCUGCAAUAUUGGACCAAAAGAAUUAUGUUGAGGAACUAAACAGGCAACUGAAUAGCACAGUUAGCAGUCUACAUGCAAGAGUUGACUCACUGGAGAAAUCAAACACGAAGCUGAUUGAAGAGUUAGCAAUAGCAAAAAACAAUAUAAUUAAACUUCAGGAAGAAAACCAUCAAUUAAGGAGUGAAAAUACUCUGAUUUUAAUGAAAACACAGCAUCAUCUAGAGGCAGCCAAGGUGGACGUGGAGGCAGAGCUGCAGACCUACAAGCACUCGAGGCAGGGCUUGGAUGAGAUGUACACGGAGGCGCGCCGGCAGCUCCGCGAGGAGGCACAGCUGCGCCAGGAUAUGGAGAAUGAGCUAGUGGUUCAAGUCAGCAUGAAACAUGAGAUAGAGCUUGCCAUGAAGCUGCUGGAGAAGGAUAUCCAUGAGAAGCAGGACACCCUCAUCGGCCUGCGGCAGCAGCUUGAUGAAGUCAAAGCAAUUAAUGUGGAAAUGUACCAAAAGCUGCAGGUUUCUGAAGAUGCUAUGAAAGAAAAGAAUGAAAUAAUUAGUCGAUUAGAGGAUAAGACCAAUCAAAUUAAUGCAACUAUGAAACAACUGGAACAAAGAUUGCAGCAAGCAGAGAAGGCUCAAAUGGAGGCAGAGGCUGAGGAUGAGAAACUUAAGCAGGAAUAUGUGAAUAAAUCUGAAAGCCUGCAGAACGAAUUCUCCCAGAAGGAGAAACAGCUGCUUCAGCUGGAAACAGAUUUGAAGAUAGAAAAAGAGUGGCGGCAAACCCUGGAGGAUGAUCUUCAGAAGGAAAAGGAGACUGUAUCUCAUCUGAGAACAGAGACCCAAGAAAUAGUUACCCUUAAGAAAGAGUUCCUUAAACUUCAGGAGAAGAACAAGCAGCUGAAAAGCAUAUGUGAGGACCAAGAAGCUGCUCUCCAAGAACUGGCAUCCAAGCUGAGCGAAUCAAAGCUGAAAAUAGAAGAUAUAAAAGAAGCAAACAAGGCAUUGCAGGGCCAGGUUUGGUUGAAGGACAAAGAAGCCACUCAUUGCAAGCUGUGUGAAAAGGAAUUUUCACUUUCCAAAAGGAAGCAUCACUGUAGGAACUGUGGGGAGAUCUUCUGCAAUGCCUGUUCUGACAAUGAGCUGCCUCUGCCCUCUUCACCAAAGCCAGUCCGGGUCUGUGAUUCCUGCCAUGCAAUACUGAUACAGAGGUGCUCUUCUAACGUGCCAUAAGAUAUUUAUCCAUUCUGCUGUUUAGCUCAUCCUGUCAAAACCACCACACCAACUAAAGAAUGUGCCACAGUAUUUCCAGACUUUGAGGUAAGCAGUGUGGAGUUGCCAUUUCAAGGUACUGAGGAUGAGUUACUUCUCUGCUUCCUCUUGAAACAAAAGGAGACAAUGGGACAAAUGUAGAAAAUGUACAUCUAAAAAGAAAAGAACCCCGGAAGGUAUGUUGGUCUACCAAAUGGCUUAGCAGUUUUUUGGGAGGAAGCAGGGCAGUUUAUACAGGAGAUUCAGUGUUAAUGUGUAUUGGAUGAAUAUUUCAGUUGUUAAGAUGAUCUGGAGAAAGGUGAUACUCUCACAUGCUGAUGUGCCACAAGUCCAACCUAAUCCAGUGCCUGUGCUAGGCUGUUGUGAAGCAAAACCAUGCAAUAGCUGGUUUUAAAUUUUACUGGAAGAAAGUAUGGCAAUUAGUGCAGUGGUCUGAGAAGUUGUUGCCAAAUGUGUGCCCGUUUGCUUCUCUGCAGUAGCAGGGUUUGGUGCAUCCCUGCCCUGGCAGCUCCUCUGUGCAGCCCCGGCUGUGAGGGGAGCUGUGCUCAGCCCGGGAACAAACAGUGCCUCGGGGCACUUCCUGAAGGAAGGUGUGUUUUGCUGAAUGAUUUUUCACGUGAACUAUUAAUUUGAUGUAUCUGUGUUUCACUGUUCAGCACAGACCUCUUCUCUGACAUUGUCUGUAACCUUGAACAAGUCUCUGUAUCAUUUUCAUGCAAGUCAUGCUCACAAGCUUGUACGUGUAGCCACUGCAUAGCUCUAGAAACCACCUAGAAAGACUGGGAAUAAAUGCUGGGGAUCACAUCCUUGCUGUGCUGCACAGGGAGGUUCUUCCUUAUUUUGUCACCAUCUUUCUCAAACCUUCAGAGCUGGUUCCUAAACUUCAUUUUUUUGCAGAGCACUUUUGAGCCCUUGUGAAUCUACCCACUCUUGUCACUGACAGUAACUUCUGUUGGAAUGCAAGAUCCUUGUUCUUUCCAUAGGCAAAUAGAAAUAAUAUCCUUUGACAAACUGCCCUCACUUGCAGCUCACUGCACUGCACUGCACUCUCCUCCCCUUUAGCCCCUCCUGGCCUGGGCUCCAGCCCUGGACCCUCCACACUCCAGGAUUACCAGCCCUGUAGUUCCUUCAGCCGUGGGCUUGGAGUAGCACUGCUGGCAGCAAAAGGGAGGCUGCAAACAGGUCUUUCAGCUGUCCUUGCACUUUGUUUAGCUUGGCUUUGGCUCUGAGGAUAGGAUUUAGUGAUAUCCUAAAAGCUAACGUAGCUGUUCUUUUUAACACCUCAAUGUAGUAGCUUUUGUAAAGAAAAAUGUUUUUAAAAUGACCUUAUGUAACUUUUUGUAAAAUACAACACAAAUACUUGUAAAUCUGUAAAUAAGUUUUGGAAAAAAAUAAAUUUAAGUUAUCUGAGAAUAAUGUCACUUACUCUGAAUUGCAAAUUUAAAUUAUUUUACUUUAUUGUGUUCAAGUUGCUUAGAAAGCCUUUGCCUGUGCUGGGGAGUGGGGUACCCUGCCAAAGACACAGUCAGGUGCUGCUCAUGUGUUUCCUGAGGGUGUUUCCAGGUGGGCUUUUGUGGGGCAGGCAUGGAGGCAGCAGGGUUUGAUGCAGGAUAGAGGUGGUAGGAUAAAGCUAAUCUGUAUUGCUUUAAUAAAUAACUUGUGAAAAGGGAUGCAACUAAACAGAAAUAAUUUAAAAUAGGCAAUCUUUUAAAACAAGAUUACAGUGCCUUUCCGUAAUGUGCAAUGAAUUAAUUUGUUACUUAACUGCCAUCUUUUCCUCCCCUCUGCUGUCCUGUUUGCCUAGGAAAAGUGUAAUAUUCAGAUUGCUGUUACUGACUGCAGGUAAGACUUCUGCCUUGAACAAAAUGAAUGCUGGAUGUUCCAUAUGGUUUAAUUUCCCUUGGCAUCAAACUAUAUACCUGGCCUGCUUUUAAGGUUUUUGGACACUGCUGUGACUAAUGCUGCACUUCUGGCCUUCUGUAAAAACCCUGCUCAAUUCUAAAUCCUUCUCGCACAAAGAAGAGCACAGGAAGAGCCGUGGGGUACCCACAGGAACCUGGAACUGUCAGACAGGACCAGAGCAGCAUUUUAUUCCUUUUGGGGAAUGAAGCCACUUCUGCCUUGCUGCUCUGGGGGCGUUCACCAGCCCCCAGUGUCGAUGCCGUGUUGCUCGUGCUCCUCCCGGCGCAGGGCUCCGCCAGGUCCGUGCCGUGUUUGCUCCGGAGCCCGGGGCCCGGCGCUGCCCGGCAGGAGCAGGGCCGGGAACCUGCCCCGGCCUGCGGGAGCUCCUGUGGGAGCGGGCACGGGAACGGCUCCCGUGCCGGUCGAGGCUGCUGCUGGUAGCUGAGGGCCGGAGCUGAGCGCUGUCGCUGCGGCUGAAGGGACGGGCAGGCACAAGGGACUCGUGUCCCGCACAGCGUGUGCUGGCUGGGGCUGCAGUGAGCAGGCUGCAGCUUGCCCAAAGCACAGCCCCAGCCUCCCCAAAGGCCAGGGCAGCUCCAGGAUGGAGCCCCAGCUGUUCCCAGGCGAGGAGGCGCUGCCGAGCCGCAGGAUUUCGCUCUGCCGUGCCCGCGCUAACAGACUGCUGCAAGCGACCUUUCCUCCACCUCACUCUAAGGUACUUCUGCAACUGAAUUAACUCUGGUGCUACCACUGCCACUCGGGAAACACCUCAGCUUCGCUGGCAAGACAAAGAGCCCCCUAGUUCUGCAGAGCACAAUGGUUCAAAUGGUCAAGAACUCCUUUUCCCUCCCCUUCCUAGCCAAUACUACCCCCGUGCUUGGAAAGUGUCCUGUGCCAGUUACCCUUUUCAGCUCUUCCACGCCCUUUGACACCCGGACACAGCCUCUGGUGAAAUAAACUCCAUUCUCCUCUCUCCCACAAGAAGACAUUUAUUACAGAUAUAACACAGUACUAGCAAAACAGGUGACAGACUUGCAAUACCCAAGAUCACAUUUGACAUUUUAAGGGAGGCAUUGAGGACAAAGCAGUUAAUUUGGGAGAUCACACUGGCUCAGAAGAAUAAAUACCUUUUUCCAUUAACACAUCAGGUAUGUUAAGUGUCUUCAAACAGUAAGUUUCUUACAUAUCUUACAUGUCACAAAUGCACAAAGUUUUAUCAGCGUGUUUGGGUUGUGUGUUCCUGAAGAAGUAUUGGGCCUAUAGAUAUUUUAGAGAUCUUGGCUUCUAAUGAGCUCCUAUGUAGAAUGGCUUGGCAAACUUUGAACAAAUACAGACAAAUCAGCUCUGUGCAGUGAAAGAAAAUGCUGAACCAUGUUUAAAUACAAUAAAUUCAAGAAAGAAAAGAAGUAACUUGCUUCCAAAUCCCCCACUCUUCCUAAAAGCGUGUUUGUGAAAACAAUACUAAGUAAAAAGCAUCAAAUGAACUAGUACUUGACCUAUGCUAG